CGCCCGUCGCGCCCGUGACGUCACCGCGUGGCGCCGUUCCGCGGCGGUUGGCGCGAAGGCGGGAGCUAUGGAGCAGGACGCGUCCCGCUAGCGAGAGCGGCGCUGCACCAUGGAUAUCCGGAAGUUCUUUGGCGUUGUACCUUCUGGAAAGCGACAAGUGUGUGAGACUGUGACAAAGAGUGAAAAAAUUAAAAAUGGUGAAGGACCCUCAAGUGGGAAGAAAAAGGAAACUAAAGUGAAUAAUUCACCCAGUGAAGAUGAUUCCAAAGUAAAGCGGACAAACAAGAAAAGAAGAAUAAUCUACGAUUCAGAUUCAGAAGAGGAGGUGCAGCCAGUGAAAAAAUCCAAGAAGCCAUCUGAGAAAAAAGCAGCUACUUCAAAGCUUGGUAAAGUUCUGAAGCAGGAUCCUGUUGUUUAUAUUUCAGAGACAGAUGAAGAAGAUGACUUUGUCGAUAAAGGAAUUUCUCUGAAACCGAAGGAGAAUGGGACGUCAGCCUUUGGUUGUCCAGGAAUAAUUACAGUGAAAAAAGACGAUGUAAAACCACGAGCUAAGAGCAAACAAAAAAUAUCUCCAGUGAAACAGACUCCCACCUCAGCGCUUGAUUUCUUUGGGACAAGUAGUGUUCAGCGAUCAGAAAAGAAACUGGUAGCAAGUAAAAGGAAAGAACCUUCACAAUGCAGAGAUGACACAGUAGAUGAUGAGGCAAUUGCUAGACAACUGCAGAUUGAAGAAGAUUCAGAGCUGGAGAGACAGCUGCAUGAAGAUGAGGAAUUUGCUAAAACUUUGGCCAUGCUGGAUGAAACACCACAGAAGAAAAAGGUUCGGAAAGAUUCAGGAGGAGAGCAGACAGUGUUGAGCCUCAAGAGCAGUCCUAAUGAGACAGAAAGAUAUAAGCAGAUGGAAAGAGCAACAAACUCAACAGGUGAAGCAAAGAGUAACACUGCAAAGCAGCAAACUAAAUCCGAACACUCAAAAGGGUCUCGUUUAUCACCAAAGUCAUCUGAUGAUAAAACAGCAAGAGAGCUGAUAGAUAAAACGUUGCCUUUGAAACCUAGCUCUAAGCUUGUCUCUCCGAAACAAAAAGAAGAGAUUGCUGAAAAGGAAAGAGGUGCUCAAAGUUUGGUAUCAAAACAAAAAAAUGCUUCAGGGAAAGAAGAGAAGUCAACACCAAAGAAAGAGAAAAUUUCUCCGAAGAAGUCUGAGUCUGUAAGUCCUGAGGACUCUGAGAAGAAGCGAACCAAUUAUCAAGCCUACCGAAGCUUCCUUAAUCGCGAGGGACCGAAAGCGCUGGGUUCCAAAGAGAUACCUCAGGGAGCUGAAAACUGCUUGGAAGGCCUGACAUUCGUAAUUACAGGUGUUCUGGAGUGUAUUGAAAGAGAUGAGGCCAAGUCUCUGAUUGAACGUUAUGGAGGAAAAGUAACUGGCAACGUCAGCAAGAAGACAAACUACCUGGUCAUGGGGCGAGACUGUGGCCAGUCUAAGUGUGAAAAGGCAUCAGCUUUAGGGACGAAAGUUAUUGAUGAAGAUGGCCUGUUUGAUCUUAUUCGAACAAUGCCGGGCAAAAGGUCCAAAUAUGAGCUGGCGGCUGAAAUGGAGGCAAAGAAGGCAGAGCCCAGACCUAAAAGGACACCACAGAAAGCUGAAGCUGGAAAAAGGAAUUUUAGCCCCUUCAAAAGGAAUGCUGAUAAUAAAAAAAAUAAGUCUACUCCUGAAAAAGAAGAUGCUGUCAAAUCUGUUAAGAAAGAAACCUCUGCUGUUCGAAAACUCAUGGACUUCAAACACCAAACUGUAGAGAAGAAAGAAGCAUCAAAACCUAAGGGGAACUUGGUUUCUGAGAUAAAUGAAGAUGCAACAGAGAAAUUGUUAUGGGUAGAUAAAUAUAAGCCUGUAUCUCUUAAGACAAUAAUUGGACAGCAGGGUGAGCAAAGCUGUGCCAAUAAACUGCUCCGAUGGCUCCGAAAUUGGCACAAGAAUACGUUGGAAGAUGGACCAGCAAAGACCAAUAAAACUGGAGGCAAAGAUGAUGGUACUGGUUUUAAAGCAGCAUUACUUUCUGGUCCACCUGGAGUUGGUAAAACUACUACAGCUUCUUUGGUUUGUAAGGAGCUGGGAUAUAGCUACGUGGAGCUGAACGCCAGUGACACCCGCAGUAAGAACAGUCUAAAGGAAGUAGUUGCCGAAUCACUUAACAACACAAGCAUUGCAGACUUCUGUUCUGGCACAUCUUCAUCAGUUAGCGGGAAACAUGUAUUGAUCAUGGAUGAAGUGGAUGGUAUGGCAGGCAAUGAAGACAGAGGAGGGAUUCAGGAAUUGAUUGGUUUGAUACGACACACAAAGAUACCUAUCAUCUGUAUGUGUAAUGAUCGAAACCAUCCUAAAAUUCGUUCCUUGGUCCACUAUUGUUUUGAUCUUCGUUUUCAGAGACCUCGUCUAGAACAGAUUAAGGGUGCCAUGAUGUCUAUUGCAUUUAAAGAAGGUUUAAAAAUUCCACCACCUGCCAUGCAAGAGAUAAUCCUGGCAGCAAAUCAGGACAUCAGACAGGUUUUACAUAAUCUUAAUAUGUGGUGUGCAAAAGAUAAAUCAUUGACUUACGAUGAGGCUAAAACGGAUGCUAGCAGAGCCAAGAAGGAUAUCAAACUGGGCCCUUUUGAUGUUGUCCGGAAGGUUUUUGCAACUGGAGAGGAGGCUUCUCGUAUGUCUCUUAUAGACAAAUCGGAUCUUUUCUUCCAUGAUUAUUCUCUAGCACCUCUGUUUGUCCAAGAGAACUAUGUACAUGUGAAACCAGCCGCUGCUGGAGGAAAUCUGAAAAAGCACUUGGUACUUCUGAGUCGCGCAGCUGAUAGUAUAUGUGAUGGUGAUAUAGUGGACAAACAGAUUCGUAGCAAGCAAAACUGGAACCUUCUUCCAACACAGGCAAUUUAUGCAAGUGUUCUCCCCGGGGAGCUGAUGAGAGGUCACAUGUCUCAGUUUCCUGUCUUUCCCAGCUGGCUGGGGAAAUUUUCAUCCACAGGCAAACAUGAUCGUAUCAUUCAAGAACUGGCAAUGCAUAUGAGCCUCAGAACCCAGACGUGCAAGAGGACGGUAAACAUGGAGUAUUUGUCGUAUUUGCGGGAUGCACUUGUCCAGCCCUUGAAAGACUUCGGAACAGAUGGUGUACAAGAAGCUAUAACAUUCAUGGACUCUUACUGCUUGAUGAAAGAAGAUGUUGAAAAUAUCAUGGAAAUAAGCAUGUGGGGAGGCAAACCCAGUCCUUUUUCAAAGCUGGAUCCCAAGGUCAAAGCAGCUUUCACACGUGCCUAUAAUAAAGAGGCACACCUGACUCCAUAUUCACUUAAUUCUGUCAAGACAUUUAAACAGCAGUCAGGGUCUAUGGUGGCCCUGGAACCGAGUGAAGACUUGAAUGUGGAAGAGAUCCAGUCUGAUGAGGAUGAGCAGGAUACUGUUGAAAGUGAUGCAAUGAUUAAGCAAAAAAAGGCAAAGUCUUCCAAGCCAACAAAAAGAGAGAAAAAUGAAGAAACAACAAAGAAAGAAGGGAAAAGAAAAGAGAAAACAAGACAAUAAACAGAAUAAAAUCUUGCUCUGGAUGCGGCUUUGCUUUUCUAACUUCUGGCAGGAACAUGAAACGCGUCGAGUGAUGGAGCUGGAAAAGUAGAACCAUUGUCUUCAAAAUGCUCCUCUUAUAGAGGUGAUGGAGCUGCUGUACUUGCUUUUUAAUGUGCUGCGCUAUUACAAGCUCUAACUGCCCUCGUACAACAUCAUGGUAUAGAAGUACAGGGUGUAUGGACACAGAGUGUGAUGCUUCCUUACCUGGCUUUAAUGCUAAGUCUUCCUAGGACUUCACUUUUUUUUUUUUUUAAAGUAAAUUCCCUGCCAUGAUGUGGUAGAACUGUAAAUAGAACAGGAUGCAACAACCCCCAAACCUGAAUCGCGUAUUUGUACAUUAUAGAAAUGAAUCUGUGUAUAAAAUUACAAUAAAACAUUUCACAGAAGUCUUACAGUUUUGGUUAAGCACAGGGACUGUUUGGUCUUUCUCCCUCUCUUUUAUUUCCUUCAUGCACAGCAUGCACUGUUCUGUUCUUACAACUUCCCUUUUGUUCAGUUAGAGGCGCAGAAAAGAGGUGAGGGAUUUAGUUCCAGAAGUUGAAGAGCCUGUGCUUGCAGGAGCUGUUAAUCAAAACUAUAAAGGAAUAUUUAGAGUAAGAAAUGUUUAAUCGAAAUAGUCAUAAAAGCUCAGAACUGAUGUUGAAAAAGAGAAGAAGGGGUUUGGGGUUUUUUUAUUAUUUUUUUUUUUUGCAAGUUAUAACACAGAAUUCCCCUUGGUUUGUCUUUGGUGCUGAUAAAAUGCAAGCUUUGCUUGGUAAGUAUUAUCAAUCAGUUUUAUUACUAUAAUAAAUCAAAGUACAAAAAUUAUCAAAAGCUAAAUAUUUACAGGCUAUCACAAAAUACAAACAACACUUGUUAUUAAAUCCUAGUGGGGAAAAGAUGUGUGAUGCAGCAAUGGAGCUUUCCUCGCUGCUUGCCGGGCAACACAUGCAAUUCUGAAAACAAACAGAGGCAGGCAGUCAUAUUGCAAGAUCCACAGACUGUGACAGCAAAGGACAAGGGUUUCUCUGCUGCCCCACCCCCACAAAUUAAAAAAAAAUAAGGUUAUUGUGGUAGAUAAAAUUUUCUAGUAUCACUUUUACAUUACUUUGACCUAUAAGUUAGAAGUUUUCAUGUAAGGUGUUUGAACUAAUAGAUCUGCCUUCAAAUGUCAAAAUUAGUGAGGAACUUCUAUUCAGUCUCAGUUACCAUUCCUUUAACAGAACUGAAGUCUUGGAGUGUGGUACAGGCGGAGCAGUCUUCUCAGCCUUUGAAAUGGGUACUUCAAGCCAAUGCAAUGUUGCUGUUAUCCUGUGCCAUGUUCUGUUAAACACAGAAGCUAAGGUCAUGUAACCUGCACUUUAGAUCUGCUCUUCCAGUCAGCGUGAAUCUUUCUUCCUGUGCUUAAACACUGGGCAGUAGAUCUGCAGAAGGACUCAAUGAUACUGAGAUCUUCAACCUGUCUGAGCGACUGAAGCACAACUGGUGUUCAGGAAUCAGAACACAUUGAGGAGGAGAACAUGAUCAUGUAGGGAAUCGAGAUUAAAGACUCACAACUGGAAUCGUUAAACAGCUGUGUUACUUGCAAUAGCAAAACCGAGUGGUGGUUGCGUGCCUUAGGUGAUUAGAGCUGAGCCUCUAAUCUAGCACACGCACAGGCUAGAAGUUAAGACUCUUGCAACUGCAUUUCCCAUGGUGGGAGAAACUCCCGAUGUCCGCUAAAAUGAGCCCUAUUAAAUAAAAUCCUCUAGCACAUACCUGAAUUUAUUGGUCCCCAUCUUCUGGUUUGAGGUACUGUGUGCAAUCGUUUAUUUUCUUAAGCUGAUCAAUAUUAAUCCUUUUAGAACACAUUGGACAUAUGUUGUCAGCCUGUAGCAUACUGUUUUAAAAGAAGGGUGAUCAGUCAAAUGAUGAUUCUAACAUUUUUCAAGGGAACAGCUGUGCUUGAGGCAAACCAUACAGCACAGUUCUGACUGUGCUACGUGACACACGGGCCGGAGCAACAGCUGCCUCUGUCCCACAGGCAGCAAAAGUUGGUUGGUUUGGUUUUAAUGUUUCAGAACUCGCCUCACAAUAGGAAUGCUGCUGCUGUUUGCACAGGCAUGAGAAAAACUGGGCAAUUAAACACAUACAAAGGAACUUGGGCAAGAAUGUGAAGUUUCUGCAGCUUCACCAUUCCUGACAUGUGAACAGAGCUAUCCCAUCCGCUUCUCAGACAGAAGAUUACUGGGGACAGGAGACAGCAGCCACCUUAGUCUGUACCUGAUAGUGUGUUUUGCUUGCUUUGCUGGCAGACUGCUGCUGUGCCUCUGUUCCCCCUUAUCAGGUCAUCUUCAUCAGGUACCAAAUUAAAGUUUGCUGCUAAAAUAUUAACAUUGGAAUCUUGCAAGAGAAAAAAAUCUCAACUUACUUCUUGAAUUCUGAAUAGAGGGCAGGAAAGUCACAGUGGGGGCAGACUGUCCAGUCAUCUCGUACCAUAUGCCGACCCUGCAGGCAAAAGCCAUGAGUAAUUAAAUAGCAUGUGCUGUCCUCGUACACCGGACAUUUAGUUUUGUGAAAAGGUCUCAGCAACUGAGUUCUAAAGAGCCUGAGAAAUUAAGAACCCGAAACCAAGCAGUGCUCCUGCAGUUUGGUUACUGUGUGUGUUCUUUAACUAGAAAAGGAGCUCUCCACAAGAUGUGGUGUUUUCAUGAUAAUUUGCAUUCCUCUUAUUUUAAAAAAAAUCUAACAAGGCAUUGCAGCUUUUAAAAUUCUUCUAGUUUGUUGAGUGUAGAAUUUUAUCUGUGGAGCCACAACUAGAGAUGUACAGAAAUCCACUGGGAUUUUUGGUUUUG